AUGUCACUGCCUAACACGUCAUUCCAUAGCGAUUCAAAUUUUGAAUCAGCUGUACAAGAUCUUGAACAAGAGAAGAAAAUGGUGGCAGCCUUAAAGAGACUAUCUAUAGGUCAUAUGAUGCAAUAUGAUCCCGACUUGCCACCAGGCAGUAUGGAUGAUAUUGAUCCCUUUGCAAACAAUAACAACAACAGCAAUACCGCUAGUAACAAUAACCACUAUAAUGGUCAUACCAGAGAUCACACCAGCAACAACAACAAUACACACAAUCAUUCUCCCAACUCAAAAUUGAACCACCAUCGUGGUCAAAGUCCUUAUGAUGAAGAUUUAAUUCCACAGAAUAUCCACAGAUCACACUCAACUCGAUCACGAUCAAAAUCACAUUCAACUUCUCCUUCUACUUCGCCUCAACACAAGCAACAACAACAACAACAACCGCAACCUUUUCCACAUGAACCACAGACUCCUCCAUAUAACAAAUCACCAAGCCCAGUCAAGAGACGUAGUUUUUACGACAAUUCCAGCGUGUUGACGUCAGAAAGUCACGAUAUUUUUUUCGAUGCCGAGGAUGAAGUUUAUGAUAGUUCAUCCCCUUUGUUGUGGGUACCAGCUAACUCUCAUCCUCAAGUGAAUCCUGAAUCGUUCAAGAGUUUAAUCAAAACUCAAGUGGAAGAGAUAUUGGAAAGAAAGCUAUCUCGAAAGUCAACUAUUUCAAGAAAGUCAACUUUAUCACGCAGCUCCUCAACCAGUACCAAAGAGACAUUAGCCCCAGAACCAGAAAUAAGUCCAGAACUGGAAUGUGAUGUGUCACCUCCUUCUCCAGUAAGAAAAUCUUCCUUGUCUUCGUCGUCACAACAAAAUCAAAAUGAAGACGUUUCUCGAAAAUCGUCGUCCUCGGUUUCUUCAACUUCUCCACAAAAAGAUCCAGCUAAGAGAGAAUCUUGGUACUUCAACAACUCAAAAAGAUACCUGAAUCCAUCAUUGCGAGAGCUAACUUCAGAAUUGGAGCAGUUGUCAAAAAUGGCGGGGAUGGACAAGAAUGACGCAGUAACUUUGGCAAGAACUUUGUCGGCACAAUCAUUGGGGUAUACAGAUGUGGAAAAAUUAGCAUUUGACGAAUUAGAUAGUUCACAAACAACCGCUACUGCAACAACACCCAAUUCACUGGGUUCUCCAGGAAGUUAUGACUCUGCAAACCCACCUCGCACCACGACCUUGCAUUUACAACAACGAUUACAACAUCAAUUUCAACAAGCUCAAAUCAAGGCAGAAAGGGAGGCAGAAAGAUCGACAAGACAUCAACAAAGCGAACAACAGUGGCCAGUAUCGAAUGACGAUAGUCACAAAUCUCUGUCACAGUUGACAGCAAGUGAGGGAGGUUCUACUGCUAAUGCUUUUACCAGUGCUGGGAGUGGUGCUGACUUUGCCUUGAAACGAAGUAGAAGAACUGAUUACCGGAAAAAGGAAACAGAUUCGAAACAAAAGACUUCGAAUAAUUCGCCUCCUACAAGAAAGUACAAUGUCCGGAAUUCCCAGUUGUUAUUUAACUACAAGAAACCAGUAGAUUCUCCUUCGCUGUCACCUUCACCUUCACCAUCUACAUCUCAAAGCAUGAUGGGUCACAGGGUGAAACACAAGAAAUCUCAAAAGCCAUUGGAAGCAGCAUUGGCUAACCCAAUGAUGGAUGGUUCAGAUAUGUCACAUAACCCGUAUCCCACUGCUUCAACCACUAUUGAUUUCAGUCGUAUGGGUGCUAAGAAAUCAGCCAGACAAUCACUUAGUCCAGAGAAUGCAAUGGAUGGCAGAUCUCGAACAAAGCCCGAAAACAAGACUCAUCGUGGCUAUCUGCAUCAAGAAAGGUCUCAUCCUUAUCAUCAACAACCACAGCCUCAAGUGCAACCUCAAACCCGCCAACAACUUCCACCAGCACAACAAGCUCAUAGACAAUCGACGAGACAAACCCACAAUCAUCCGAGCACAGGAGUUGAAAAGCAUCACCGACAGGAUAACAAGCGUGUAAUGCUGUCAGCUUCUAAUACAGACAUAAAUGAUUUUAUGGCUCAACUGAAUCAAUUUCAGACUAAUGGAACAAGAAACCAUCGAUAUGACAACCUCCAUAAAAAGGAUAAGACUGCAUUUUUGCCAAAUGAAGACCACCAACGUAAGUCCCAUUCGACAAGAAAUUCAAAUGUAAGAAAUUUGUCUUCCUCGUCUCAACAGCAUUUACAUCAACCGUAUCUGACAACUUCUGUUGCGCCCAAGUCACGUCAACUACAUCAAAAUUUAGACAAGUUGAGAUCCGAGAUCAAUGAAUUUAAGGAAAGCUUGAAUAAAUCGGAAUUACCUGGUGAGGAAUCAAAAAGAGAACACAGACUGCGUCACGACCAGCACCACCAACAACGACAACGACCAGCACCAUCACAGCACCAACUUGAGCCUCGCAAUUACACCCACAACGACCGUCACCAAAGACAACAGCAUGAACAUGUACAACCCCAACAAGUCCAGCCCUUACAGUCAGAUACUAGUUUUGAUAUCAGUUAUCAAGAUUUAAGCGUUGAAGAUCAAUUGGGUAUUGAACAGGAAGCAUUGAGAGAAUUAGGCAAGGAAAAGGGGCAUUCUCAUGAGAUUGAUAUAGAUGAUGCAUUUGAUGAAGAUUUAGAAGUUCUGCCUAUCAAUGACGGACAUGGCUCUCAAUUCACACUUGAUCAUGACAUUUUGGACAGCUUUAAUUUGGUAGAUAAUCAGUUGGUUGGAUCUGCAGAUGAAGGAAUUGAUAAUUUGAAGGGUAAGAAUGAAAUACCCGUUGGGCGACAACAACCACAACAACAACGUCAACAACCAAGAGCUGCUUCGCCACCAUCCUCACAGCAGUACUUGGGGCAUGAUGAAUUGCACUUGCAACAAGGUAAAGAUACAAAUAAAAAAGUUGGUCCUCGUUUAAGUAUUGAUAUAUUGCAAAACAAGCCUAUUCACCCUGAGGAAACUGCAACUGGAUUUGGAAUGAAUGCGUUACCUUCCCCUACGUUGCAUUUAGAUGAAUCUCAAAAUAGCACUCCUGGACAUCUGAGAAAGGCAAGCAAUUCUGCAAGCUACGACGAUUACUAUAAUAUAGCCGACAAAUCAUCUACUGCGGGUACCCCCAAAACAAAGAAGGAGACCAAAGUUAAAACGAAAUUAUUCAAUAAAGACCCUAAUUUGGAGAUUAUAGACUCUGAUAACUAUAAGGAAAAAAUGGGCAUUGAGACAUCUAACAAUAAAAAAUUGAAAAAGAAGAAAUCUUUUGGUUUGCUUAGUACAACAUCAUCUGUGGGAGCAAAUGAUACAUCUGAAAAUGAAGGGCCCAAGAAAUUGAAAAAGAAAAAGUCGUGGGGCUGGUUGCGGGAGCGUUCUGCCAGUGCCUCGUCUGCAGAUAUCAACAAUUUGCCGCCUUUGCCUCUUGAUAAACUACCUACAAGAUCAUUCUCAAAUCCCGAAACGUCAACUGACCAACACCAGAAACAUGAUCUUGAGAACGGUUCAGAUCUUGAACGUGAAUUGGAACACGAACCUGAACUUGAACUUGAGUUGGAGCUGGAUCUUGAGUUUGAUUACGAGCAACAAAGAAAGCACCAAGAUGCUUCAAUGGUAAAUGAUUCAAGCUUUGCAGUUGAUUCUAUCUCUAUGAAGUCGACAGACAAGGAAAACGUGCUUUCCAAAUUUUUCAAGAAAAAGGCAAAGGUACCAGGUUCAAGCUCACAGUCAGUAUUUUCAUUUGAAUCAAAAGGUUCAGGGGCCAGCGUCGACUAUGAAUCGGACAACGACGCGAAACUGAUCAAAAAGAAGGGCAACAAUAGCAGCAGGUUAUUCAAGAAGAAAUCAAGGGCCAAAUUGUCAGAACAAGAGAAUUCAGUGAAUAAGGAAAAGCUUCGACCUUUGAAUUUAGUGUCAAACGAAUCGCAGACGAUCGAGGAGAAAGAGAAUUUGCGACAAAGUAAUGGCACUCGUAAGGCAGAAAGAGUUGAGAGUCAAGAGCAACAGGAGGAACAGUUCCCUGUAACCUCGUCGCCGAUACAUCAAUUCAACAUUGAACAUCUCAAAGACGACUUUGUCACUCUUGGGGAGAAGGACGAUGUUUUAGAUUCUGGUACUGAUGACUUGGUUGAAGAUGUAAGAUCUCGUAACAUUCAGAGCACAAUAGUUAUUGUUGAUGAGGAUGAAACUCCUAUUCAAAAUAACAAUGAUAACAAAGAUUUGGGGAUGCUAAAAGUUGACGAAUUGUCCAAAAAGAAAUCAAUUAGCAGGAAAAAACGGAACAAUAUGCAAAAGAAGAACCUUUCUACUGAACUUACUGAUACAAACAAAGAGGUAGUAGAGGAGGUUCUUGCAACUGAGCAAAGUGUCAAACCAAGCCAAGGGGAAGAUCUUUUGUCUAAGAAUGAAGAUAAAGAGAAAUUAGAUAUCCAAGAAAAGUUGAAGAAAUCAAUAAAACGUACAUCAAGGGCCAACCAGCCUAUUGAGUUUACUGAUUCAGCCUUUGGGUUCCCCUUGCCACCACCAUCUCAAUCAACUUUAGUGAUGCUUGACUACAGAUUUCCAGUUCAUGUUGAGCGUGCCAUUUAUAGAUUGUCACACUUGAAACUUGCUAACCCUAAGCGUUCACUAAGAGAGCAAGUUUUGUUGUCGAAUUUUAUGUAUGCCUACCUCAACUUAGUUGAUCAUACAUUACAUUUAGAGCAACAAAAUAUGAGCAGUGAGGAUGGCGAUCAGAUGGAACGUGACGACGACGAAGAAGAAGAAAUGACUGACACUGAUGAGAAAGACAUGAUUUUUGGAGAGAGUAAUAUUGCCGAUGACGAUGAUCUUAUUCCUGAAGAAGCAAAUGGUGAUUCGAUUGGGAUUAACUUAGAUAUGGAUGGUUUACAUAGGAAACAGCAUCAUCAAUCUGGAAUCGAAGUAUAG